UUCAUGCAGACUUUGAAUCAAAUACAGCAUUCACAUUCAGGGGACUGUAUUGAUAGACAAUGAGAUGUUUAUAAGGAAUACUUUUCUCUGCUGUGAUAAAAAAAAUAAAAAAAUUAAAAAAACCGUGGAAGGACAUCUGGUGCACAAAAACAAAAGAUCUGUUGAUUGAGAGAGACUUUGAUUCCAGUCCAAGCAUGCUUUGUGAAGGCAGACUGUUGAGCAUGACCUUCUGUGAAUUGGAGGAGCUGGACCCCCUCCCUGCUCGCAAGGCUCUCCAAAGUGCUUAUGGGCUGCCAAGAGCAUCUGCCACCCUCAUGCCAGGCUCCACCAGACACGCUGCACCCAUUCAAAACGGCUCCCUUGAACAGACAGGUGAUAUGGAUGACAGGAGUGCGUCAGUGGAGUUGUACAUUUCUCCCCUGCAGUCAUUGGAAUCCAGGAGAGCCCAUCCAGGCAGACACAUCUCUCCAGAGAUAAAAAUCCCAGCUCAGGCUUGUUCAGGUGGCGAUGCCCCAUUCUUGGUUCCCUCCGACUGUCAGAGCAUCUGCCAAAACUACAGCGACCUCCAUAUUGGUGGUGACCAAGUGCUGCCUCUCUCGGCGCAUGAUGGCGAGCUGAGGCUCUGUACUGAUGCCCAGCCUGUUGGCCCCUUUCUUCAGUCCUGUGAUGUCCCCCCAGCUGUGGAGGAUUCUCCCCCAGGGCAGAUUCAGGGUGGGCUUCUGCAUCCACUGAGGGGAGGUUCCAGUCGGUGGAACCGGGGAAGCACCUGUGAUCGGAGCUUUCUGUUCCAGGGGCGAGAGGGGCCAUUCUCCAACUCCCUUCUGAAUAACUACCUGGAGCAGAAACUCUUGGAUCUGUACCAGCAAUAUAUGAUGGAAAACAUGGUGAAAGAAGAUUCUGACCCAGGCCCCAUUUGCCCUCUGCUGGGGUCAGAGCUGGUCCUGACCAGCCUGGACCAGAUCACUCUAAUGCUGAGUCGGGAAGGGAACCUGGAGGCCAGCCUGGCCAAGGACAUGGUCCUGAGCUGCCUGCUGCGGGUAGCUGGUGACAUGCAGUCAAGUGAGAUCAGCACUCCAUUUCUGCAGAUUUCAAAUGAGGCAUCCAAGGAGCAGCUCACAGAGAAUAAGGAAGAAUGACCCCAGUGUCAAGAAACUCACUCUUCCAAUUCUUCCUUUCAUUUUAGACACAAACACCAAAAUGAGAUUAAGCAGAUGACUGCAGUUUUAAAAUGUAUUUCUCUCUUUUUUUAUUAGUUGAGCAGAUGUUAAAAACAAGUUCUGUAUAAUUAAUAAUUACCAGGAGAAUGUGCUGUAUUUAUGUGUCAUAAUUUUAAUAUGCAGUCAUUCAAAUGAUAUUUGUGUUCUAAUGUUUUCUAAAGGACAAUAAAGAGAGGAACUGAAAAUUGAAA